AUGAUAACCAAGCUUGCACAGCUAGGUACAUUCGACCUAGCCAUCAGUACCACCGUCUUGGGGCUAGCUGCCAUCGUCUUCUUCGCCCUGGGCCGCAUGCUCUGGCCAUCCAAGAAGGGCACACCACCACUCCCGCCCAGUCCACCCUCCGAGCCUCUACUGGGUCAUUACCGGAUUGUUCCUGAUGAUGCCGCCUUCAAGCGGUACGCCAAGUGGGCGAAAGAGUACAAAACAGACGUCCUCUACUUCCACGCUUUUGGGACAAAAUGGAUCGUCCUAAACAGCCUUGAGGCGGCAACUGAGCUGCUUGAAAAGCGAGGAGCGAGUUACGCGGACCGUCCCCGCUUCGUCAUGUUUGAGGAAAUGGGUUGGUCCCCAACCCUCACCUGGCUUCGUUGGGGCCCGAAAUAUCAGCUUCAUCGGAGGGUGUUGCAACCACCUUUCACCAAAUCGAAGGUCGGAAACUACAUGGCGAUGCAGAGGAGGGAAGCACACUCUUGCUGUAAAGGCAUGGUUGACGACCCUGAAAACUGGCUGAGAGCCGUUAGACGGUUCUCGGCGGCUAUCGUGCUCAAGAUCGCCUACGGACUCGAGGUGGAGGGCCCCCAAAGCCCCUGGAUCCAGAUGGCUGAGGACACUGCCGCCGCGGUUGGCAAAUCGGGGGCUCCAGCUAGUUCCAUCAUGGACCGCCUUCCCGCGACAGCUCGCUACCUGCCAGACUGGCUUCCCUUCAUGGAACGAUUACGCUAUGCUCGAACCUGGCGGCCGGCAAUUGAGAAGCUUACGCGCAUUCCCUUCGAGGCGUCGUUGGAGACAAUGCGUUCGGGUGCGAACAACAACUCCUUUGUCCACACUCAGAUGCAAAUCCGGAAUGACAAUGCCAUCAACCAACAACCCAAUGAAUUUGAUGUGGAAGACAUCAAAGGCGCAGCAGCAACAAUCGUCAUUGCCGGCAAUGACACUACAACGGCUACGUUGAUGCUUUUUGUUCUCUACUUGAUGCAAAAUCCUGACGCCCAGCGCAAGGCACAGGAGGAGGUCGACCGUGUUGUCGGCCACGACAGGCUGCCAGACUGGGACGACAUGCCGAAACUACGAUAUACCAACCUUAUCCUGCAGGAGACCUACCGAAUGAACCCGCUCUCUCCCCUUGGGAUUCCCCACGCCAGCGUUGCAGGUGAUGUCUACAACGGCAUGUUCAUUCCCAAGGGGACCAUUGUAUACCCGAAUGUUUGGGCCAUGAACCACGACGAGUCCGUCUACUAG